CUGCAUCCGCGGAAUGGCCUGUCGACGAGUGCUGUGGUCGGCGGCAAACUGGCCCGAAGUCAGUCCACCACACAAUUCACGCCAUUAAAUGACGACAAAGUGGUCGAGUAUUUGUUCGCAUCCGAUGCCAGUGCUAUCAUUGAACACACAAAUCGUGUCAUAUAUCUGGAGGACGACGACGUGGCCUCAGUAGAAGAGGGCCUUCUGACAAUACAUCGACUUAAGCGUACAUUAGAUGACUCUUCACUGCAUCGGGAGAUCAUAACACUGAAGCUGGAGAUCCAGCAGAUAAUGAAAGGCAACUUCAACUCAUUCAUGCAGAAGGAGAUCUUCGAACAGCCGGAGUCUGUCAUCAAUACGAUGAGAGGAAGGGUUAACUUCGAGAACGAGGCCAUAAUCCUCGGAGGGAUCAAGGAUUACAUACCGGAGAUUAAGCGGUGCCGGCGUUUGCUGCUAAUCGGCUGCGGAACCAGUUAUCACAGCGUUAUCGCCACUCGACAAAUACUGGAAGAGUUGACUGAACUGCCGGUGAUGAUAGAGUUGGCGAGCGAUUUCCUGGACCGAAACACACCCAUCUUCAGAGACGACGUGUGUUUCUUCAUCUCGCAAUCGGGCGAAACGGCCGACACUUUAAUGGCGUUACGGUAUUGCAAACAGAGGGGCGCUCUUAUUGUGGGCAUCACUAACACUGUGGGCAGCAGUAUAUGCCGUGAGAGCCACUGCGGGGUUCACAUCAACGCCGGGCCCGAGAUCGGUGUCGCCUCCACUAAGGCCUAUACGAGUCAAUUCAUAUCUUUGGUGAUGUUUGCGCUCGUUAUGAGCGAAGACCGUAUAUCACAACAGCCCCGACGCAGCGAAAUCAUACAG